GGUGCGUCUAUGAGCCUGUAUCUGGGGAGAACUUUGAAUCCACACUGGGGAGAUCUCAAGAAUAUGCACUGGGGAAUCAGCCUCAUCAGUCCAUGCAACCAGGCGGACCAAAACUAGAACUCCAAGGAACAAAUUCUGACCCAUCAAUGUGUACUACUGGUGUGUAUGGCGAAGCACUGGAGCAACAACGAUAUAUGACCAUACGCGAAAUUCCCGAACCCAUCGACAUUCAAGAGACAUCUAUGUGCAAUAAAUGUUUCAAAGAUUUUCCAAAUGAUCGCUGCUUGGAAUAUCAUACAUCAGUGGUUCACAAUCUAUAUUGCGAUGUAUGCCAAUUACGUCUCGAUGACGAGCCAAACGUUCAAGAGCAUGGACUUAAACAUACAGGGGAGAAGCCACACCAGUGCAAAUAUUGUUAUAAGCUAUUCAACUCACACAGUGGCUAUUUCCAUCAUGGCAAACUAGACUUAUUGUGUGUUGUGUGUAAAAAGAAGAUUCAACGAAGCAUGAAGCAAUCACAUAUGAAGCAGCACCACUUGGCAAAGUUUUAAUUUUUAGCAGAUCGUGUCAUUGGAGUUGAACCUUUGCUCUGAUAUAUUUUCCUAACAUUUGAUUAGAUGAUAACGUUCAAUAGGACAGUUCAAUCAUAUUGUGCAAGUACAGAGUGGGCCAAAAAAUUGGAAAGGUAUAGUCAAUGACUCUGAGUAAGACGAGAAAAUACAGUUUAGAUGCUGUUAAUAUUUCAAUGACACUCAAAUAUAGUAAAACCUGUAUAUCUGAACACCUCUCUAAUCUGAACACCUCUCGAUGAGAACAUUUUUUGGUCUCAAAAUGUAAUUCUCUCAUGGCCCAUUGACUGCCAUGUUAAAAAAACUUGAAAUGUGAACACCUGCUAGUCCGAUCACCUUUGACAUUCGGAUUAGACAGGUUUUACAGUAUAUGAGGUGUCAUGGCCUUUGAUAUUUUCAAUUUUAAUAUGACACGAAGGCCAGUUGCAUUUUGAUCAACCUGUCCUGAUUUCUUGUCCUCUUUGGAAAGGUGAGAUCAACCAUGUUCAAAGAAUAAAGAUGAAACUCAACUUUUGAAAAAGUUAAACAUAUAAUUAUGCUUUGUUGCCCCUGUAUCUAAUUACUACCAGUACAGGGUGAGCCAAAACAGGUAACCGAAACAACUGUUAAUCACUCGGUCAGCAUAGUUAUAAGAUUGUG